AUGGAGCCCCCGGAUUCAGCUGGCCCCGAGCCACGGUUGGCGUCCGGUCCAGUUCCCCCCAUAAUACCGGACGGCCUUCUUUCAGAUGAUAUUCAUGAUGAUGAGAGGUCCAGCAGUCUGAGCGAUAUCGAUGAACGCCUAGAUCACCUUGAGGAUAUGUCCCCGAAACAAGAAAAGCCUGCCAACGAGGUUGACUCCGAAGCGGAAACUGAGCGCAUCGAAGAUUCUCCAAGCCGCCUUCGAAGCCACACAAGCAUCGUAUUGAGCGCGGGGGCGUACGGGACGAGCCCGAGUAAGCUCGCGCAAUCGACCACCUAUGAAGAUCUCGAUGAAGAUGACAUCAACGAGGCCGAAAAUUCUCCAAGUAAACCCCCGCGAGAUACGAGAAUUAACGGCGUCUCGAAUGCUUCUAAGGAAGUUGAAGAAGGUACGGUGAACUCACAGUCCGCGCCGCAAGAAGCGAUUGGUAAAAAGAGAAAACGCGGGGCUUCUGUUGAUGAAGAAGAGGAUAUGGAUGAUGAGGAGCCGUUACGAAAGCGCCGUGGCUCUCCCUCUGGCGAUAGAACCGUAAUUGAAACUGAACAGGAAAGUGCAGAUACGAAUGCGCCUGAAAUGGAGCCAAAGAAGAAUGAGGCUUCAUCCAACGACGAAGUUUCGCCUGUCAAUGAAGACCUGGCGGAGGAUUCCCGCCCUUCAACUUUCCGAGGAAGGAAAGGCAAAAAGGGGAAACGAAAAGCAAAGAAAACUAAGGACACUUAUGACGAUAUGGGAGAAAAUAUACCAGGGGAGGGCAACCAGGUAAACGGAGACGAGCAGUUACAAGAGGACGAAGAAAAUGGGGACGGUGCCGAUGGGGCGGAUGAUCCCGAAGCAGCAUUGAAACUAGAAGAGUCAAUGAAAAAAACGACCGCCAUGGAUGUGCUGCUCAGUCUGGAAAGGCAAUUUGCCUCUUUGCGUGACAAGAUCUAUGACGACCGAAUCGCUAGUAUAAACGAGGAACUGGCUCAGCUCGAAAAGCCGAACCCAACUCACCCUGAAUUCCUCCGCCAGCUCCGGAUAAUCGAGAACUAUCGCGAUGAGAAGAUGAAAAUCGAUGAAAAGCUGUUUGCAUAUAAAAUGAGAUCCCUGUGCAUCAAGAGCCAAGCUGAGCGGAGUCAAGUAAACAGCUCGUACUACCAGAAUGUUCGCGACAUCCGUGAACGAUACCUUCAAGAAAUCUCCGAGCAUCAUUACCGAGUGCAACACGACCGUUUUCAGACAAGCGAAAUCAGUGCCGAUUAUGGCAUUCCAUUUCCGUCUCGGCGGUCACAGCAAGCAGCGCAGCAGGCUGCAUAUAGUAUGGAAGUUAGUAUCUUGGCGGGGACAGCGAAAUAUGUUGGUUUUCCAUCCGCUCCUGAGAUGAAGGGUUUGCAGCGUAAUGAGAUUGAAGAAGAUUUUGCGAAGUUGGGGAUAUCUCUGAGGCGCACGAAUCCGAAUCCGUUGCCCCAUGCUCCUUUGUCACAACACCAUGAUUACGUACCAAUGUCAUCUGUCGCAGCCACACGGCAGGCAGCGGAAGAAGAGUUCCUUGAGCAGACGCCAUGGGCAAAUCCGCAGCAUCCCAUUCAUGAACAAUAUCGGCAACAGAUGCAUCAAGAGAGGGUGUCAGAUCAUCAAAGGUUUCCGAACUCCUUUUCUACCCCAGCGGCCCAACAACGGGUAGUGGAUCUGAAUGCGCCGAACGGUUCUGCGUCAACCAUCCCAGAGCAUCCGUCGGCUCCUAACUCUUCUGCUGCUAACACACCAUACGACUAUGACCGCUCCCGUCGAAAUCCUGGAAUACCCACACCAGUUGCUGAUCCGCCCAACAGCCGCUAUCCCGAAAGUGAUGACAUGCAUGGACCGUCGGCUUUUCGAUCUCUAUCUUCGUCACCUCUAGAUGUGCGCAGACCUCACCCACAGAAAGCUCUGCCGAAGCACGAACUUGGGCGACGCUCCCCUGGCCCGCCUGUGGAGCCAAUGGGUCCACCAAGUUCCGUGCGAGAUAUCCCAUAUUCCCCUUCAUCAUCAACUAUACGCGCUGGCCGGUUUGGAAUAGCUUCAAGAGGAGAUCAGCCAUCUUCCCCAACCUCUGCAGCACGUCAAAAGCCACAAUCAUUUGGCUCAAUGCAUCAGAAUGCUGGUAUUGCUGCUGGAAGUUCCGAGAGAAGUCGGGUAACAAACCCAUAA